AUGGGUAACACAAGCAUAGGUCCUAAUGUUCCACCAUGGCUAUAUACACAACAGUCUUUAAGGAUACUAGAUAUUUAUGGAUCAGGGAUUUCAACAAUUGAUAAAGAUAUAUUUUGGAACUUUGUAGUAGGAAUAGAAGAUGUUGAUAUCUCAAAUAACUUAAUUAGUGAUGACAUAUCCGGUGUCACACUAUCAGCAAAUGUCUCUCAUUUUCAUGCGUCCGACAACUUGUUAUCGGGAUCUAUUUUGUCAUUAUUGUGCCAAUUAGAGGGUAACGGAGAAAGCAAGUUGGUUCAAUUGGACUUGUCAUAUAAUCAUUUGAGUGGAGCACUUCCUCAUUGUUGGACCAAUCGAAAAUCAUUGGAAUUCCUUAGUUUGGGGAGUAACAAGCUAAUAGGUAAAGUUCCUCCCUCGUUUGCUUCAUUGGGACUCCAACUGUUGGAUUUGAGUGAUAAUAGUUUCUCUAGUGAAUUUUCAUCAAGCAUGCUUAAUUGGACAAAUUUAAAAUUCCUCAUUUUAGAGAAAAAUAAUUUUUCUGGAAGUUUGCCAAAUCUGUAUAUGGCACGACAUUUGGAAGUUCUUAAAUUAAGGACCAACCAAUUUAUGGGUAACAUUCCACUAGGAAUAUGCAUGCUCUUUUCUUUGCGGAUACUAGAGCUUGCUGAUAAUAAGCUUUUUAGAUCUAUACCUUCUUGCUUAUGCAACAUCACAAAUCCAAAUAACAUCGACGCACAAUUGGAUCUUGGUGAAAUGAUGCGCAUAUUUACAAAGGGAAGGGAGUUAGACCACCAACCUUAUGCAUAUUUUAGAAGUGGUGUUAUUGAUCUUUCUGCUAAUAGCUUAUCUGGAGAAAUUCCUAAAGAAUUGUUCAGUAUUACUCUACUGUGGUCCUUAAACAUCUCUCGAAACCAUUUGACUGGAAAGAUUCCUAAAGAAAUUGGAGCCCUGAAAAACUUGGAAUCUCUAGAUCUCAGCCACAACAGAUUUUCUGGAGAAAUUCCUUCUACCAUAUCUAAUUUGUCUUUUCUUGCUUGUUUGAACCUCUCAUACAACAAUCUCAUCAGACAAAUUCCACUAGGAACCCAAAUUCAAGGUUUUGAUUCCUGGAGUUCUGUUGGCAAUCGUGAACUUUGUGGAGAUCCUCUUCCAAAGAAGUGCAACAAAAAAGAAGAAACUCAUGACGACUCAAAGCCAGUUGAAGGAGAUGAAGACGACGGCUUUCUGAAGUCAUUGUAUCUGGGUAUGGGAGUUGGAUUUGCGGCGGGCUUCUGGGGAAUUUGUGGUUCUCUCUUCCUCAUCAGAGCAUGGAGACACAGAUUUUUCCGAUGGUUUGAUCACUUGACAAAUUAA